UUUGCUAAUCAAACUUCACUACACGCUGGUGCCGCGCGUGCACAUGAUCCAUUUCCCGCGCGAUCUGAAAUCCGACGCGAAAUUCAAAUUCAGAAUUUAAAUUCUUUUAAAUUCCGUUUCGUAAAAGAAUUUAAUAGUUUUAAAACUGCCAGUGAGGAUUUUUGAAAUCGUAUAUAUGGUUUUUAAAUGUGAUUGUGAAUUUAUUUAAACGGACAAAAGGGAUUUUUGUGACAAAGAAAACCAGUGGCGAUGCAAGAGAAGGUCCGGACAGAAUACACACUAACCCCUCUUCUUCAUUGACUCCAACAUGACCGGCAACAUGGAGAAGGUCAGACCAGCCCCCAGUGUCACCACCAUCAGCGGCCCCGAUACUUAUAGCUCUAAAAUAGAACUAGCUUACAAUGGAUCGAGGGAAGACUUGGAUCCUUACAUCCCUUCAGAGCACAGAGCUGUUGAAUCGAACACAUCGACCUUCGGUGCUCUUGCGCAUCUAUUAAAAGCCUCUCUGGGUUCCGGAGUGUUGGCGAUGCCGUUAGCAUUUAAAAACGCUGGACUACUGGUUGGGGCUAUAGGCACUGCCUUAGUCGGCUUAAUAUGUGGACACGCCAUUCAUGUAUUGGUAAGAACAUCGCAAGAACUCUGUGCUGAAGUAAAGAAGCCCUGUCUAGGAUACGCAGCCACCUGUGAUCUCGUCUUCCAAAACGGACCAAAACCAGUGCGAAAAUUUGCCACUUUUGCAAGGGAGUUAGCUGACUGGGCGUUAGCGGUCACGCACUUAGGUGCGUGUUGUGUCUACGUCGUGGCUGCAGGAACAUCAUUUCAACAGGUUUUAACACACCACGGUGCACCAGAAUGGUCGCUGCAGAUUUACGCAGCACUGAUGCUAAUCGUGCUCGUCCCGUUGACACAAAUCCGGAACUUGAAAUACCUCGUCCCAUUUUCGACCUUUGCCAAUUUCGUAUGGUUAUUCUCCAUCUGUAUCUCAAUGUACUACUGUAUGAGGGACCCUCCGCCGAUCAACGAGAGGAGAAUUGCAACGGGCAUUUCCGGAAUACCGAACUUUAUCAGCACAAGUCUGUUCGCAAUGGAGGGCAUAGGCGUGGUGAUGCCGAUUGAGAACGAGAUGUUGAAGCCCCACCAGUUCCUGGGAUGUCCUGGGGUGUUGAACAUCGCCAUGACAGCUGUGGUGACCAUGUACGGGUUUGUGGGGUUCAUGGGCUACUGGCAGUAUGGCGACAACAUUGGGGGACAGCUGAUACAUAGCCUUCCUCAGGAUGAAAUCUUAGCUCAGACAGCGAACCUGCUAGUAGCGUGUGUCAUGCUGCUUUCCUUCGCGCUGGUGUACUACGUCCCCGUGGAUGUGGUCUGGCGACGAAUCCAAAACCGUAUUCCUGCCAAGGCCCAGAACUGGUCUAUGGCUGGACUGCGGUUGUUUGGCACUUUAUUAAUAGUGGCCGUCGCCUGCGCAAUCCCUAAGAUCCACUUCUUCAUGGACCUGGUUGGUGCCGUCUGCCUGUCAGUGAUGGGUCUACUCCUCCCAGCAGUGGUGGAGACAAUAUGGCGGUGGAGCAGAGACCUCACGCCGUGCCACUGGGUCGUGUGGAAAAACGGUAUCAUUGUCGUCUUCUCACUUGUAGCCAUGGUAUCAGGGUUCACCUAUGCGCUUAUUGACUUGGUGAAUAAUGUGUGAUUUUGUAUUUAAUUUAAGCGUUUAUAAGGGUUUUCGGGAGCUUUACACCACUUGUGAUUAGUAAUUUAAAAAAAAUUGCUGAGCUCGUUUUGGCCUGCAUCUUUUUUGGACGCGAUAAUUCAUAAAGAAAUAAAAAGAGAGAAACAAAAUACUUCAAUAGUAUUUUUUAAAGAACACGUGUACGGUUAUCUAGUGGUUGGAAACCCCCAAUAAUCCCUCAGUGAACCGAAAUGUGAAGCAUAAAUGAAUAUAGAUAAGUAUUACACAGUACGUUAACUUUGUUGAAUCAAAAAGUAAGGUGAAUCAAGUUUCCUUUUCCUUAUAUUAUUUUCUUUGAUACUCUAUUAUUUCUCUUUUUCCCUUAUAAUAAGUUAUAUCCAUUUAAAUGCAAUGGGAAAGUUGAAUCAACAAUAAAAUAUAGUAGGUAUUUUUGCGUACUAUCUCUAUAUUGCUUUACUAUGAAAAAUGUUUUUUUUUGGAUAAGGUAAAUUGUUUUUUCAGAUCAUUUACUUAUUAAAAACAAACUUUCCCUUAAAAAAUCGGUGGCAACCCUACACCAGUAGAAAAGGUACUUAUCCUUUCUACUCUUACAUAUACGUACGGUCACGAGUACUAAUAUAUACACUUUAAAACCAUGUCACAUUAACUUUUUUGACAAAUUAAACCGUAAGUCUCAAUAAAUGUCAAAUAUGAUAGUGCGACAGGGUUCUAAAGUGGGUACAUGAUAUUGCUCAUGACUGUGACGCCUUAAGGCUUUGUAAUACGAAUUGAGAAAAUACGAUUUAGACCAUUUACGCAAGUUUUUAAACUUUGCCCAUAAAACCUUAACUGUGUACCCUUAAUCGACAUUAUGCCCUUUUUUAUAUGCCCUAUUAUAGUAUUAAAAAUAAUCAUUCAAAAGUGGUCUGGUACCAAUUUAUCUGUCCCUAAUGACUUACAUCGAUAAGAUAGAUUAAGUAUAAUUUGUACAAAAUUGUAAUACAGUGAUGUGAUAGUAUUAUAUAAUUCUAAGUUAUUACUUUAAGUAAUAUUUGCUUUAAAAAAAGUUGUAUAUAACGUUUAUUUUGAUAAAAAGCUUGUUAUGAUAAAAGGAUUAAAUAUUGAACAAG